AUCUAGUUAUCCCUAUUGUCCACGGUACACGACUAAGAGUAGGAUAAAUAGGUAGAGAUAGAGAGAGAAGGGGGAUUUGAUUGAGUGGAGAGAUUCAGGGAGAGGGAUCACUCUGAUUGAUUUGAACCCCAAGAAUUGGGUGGCAGAAGAUCAAAAGCUCCUACCUUGGAGCUUGGAAACAAAUUUAAAGAUCAGUAAUAGAUCGGGAAGAUAUAGGAUACAGUGAUUUUGGAUACAAGAUUUUCUUGUUUGAGGGUGAUGGAGGGGGAGGCGUGUUGAACUGUGUAGCUUGUAGUGCUGUUAAUUGUAGGCAAUUGGUUUAGGCUAUCUGAGCUUUUCUCUUCUCUGCACUUUCUGAGAAACUGAGGUAUGUUUCAGCUCAGUCACUUCUGGUUGAUUCUCAAUUGAAGAGAUUAAGAAGAGGCAGAAAAAGGUUCAGCUUUGGUUGUGUUUGGGGUUUCCAUAAAUGAGUGUAUUGGGUUGGUUAGCCUGCAUGAGUCGAGAUUUACACCUGUUCUUGUGUCCUUAUAUCAGUGGGUAGCGAAGGAGUUAAGCUGGGAUUAAGUCCCGAAAAGAUGGGGAAUUCUCAUGAAUCUUUGACCAAUGGAAAACUGGACGAUUCAGGUCUCCAGAUUAUCAAGCACCCUCUAUUCUACCAGUCCUAUAGCAAAUCGUUACUUUCUUGGCUUGAUAUAAGGGUGUUCUAUAUCAGAGUCAGCAAUUUCGUGGUCGAUGGUUCAACUCCGGGGAGUCUCACUCUUAACCAUAUACCUCUAAGCCCCGAUACACUCCUUGAAGUGAAUGGCGCGAGGUGCUCAAUGCAUUCAGAAGGAGCAUCUUGCGUUUUGCGAAGGGACCGGGUGGAUAAGAAAUCUGAAGAGGCUACAUUUGUGAGCACCGACAGUAUAAGAUUGACGGGGAGUGUGAAGUUCGAGGUUUUUGAUAGAGAUGAUCUUGUGCUUUCUGGGGUUUUGGAGAUUUCCAAUAGCAACGGUGUUAUAGGGGAAUCGAAGAACAGUGUCAGGAAAUGGAAAAUGAAUUGCGAACCGGUGAUGAGUGCUGGCUCUGGAUUUUUGAAGGGAAAACAUAUCACGGGUUCUGAUUCACCAACAAUCGAAGUUUACGUUGCUGGAUGUUUCUCGGGGACUCCAAUCAUCUUAACCAAGACUUUGCAGCUUAAUCACUGGAAGAAACAACACAGAAAGGGGAUUUUGGGUUCAAUUCCCGAAGAUGGAACAACUGAUGCACAAAAAGAUGUUGCCUCUUCUGGACUCAAUCUACAGGUACCGGACUAUACGAGUUACAAACCAGAAAGCGAAGAAGACUACAACGAUGCAUACUGGCGACACACGGAAUAUCUGGAUGGUGAAGACGGGGAACUCUCCUGGUUUAACGCGGGGGUCAGAGUAGGAGUUGGGAUUGGGCUCGGGAUUUGUGUGGGAGUCGGGAUAGGGGUUGGAUUGCUAGUCCGUAGUUACCAUUCCACUACUAGGAACUUCAGAAGGCGAUUUAUAUGACAGGGAUGAUGAUUUACCAUGUUUUGCUGGUUUUCUACAUUUUAAUGUUGUUGAGUUGCUAACAAAAAGGGAUGAUGCUUGGUUUUUGAGUGCCUUUUUUCACUUUGUAGACUUUUUACACUGCUAACCUUUUCUUUUGCUGUAAGAUUUCUUUACCUUCUUCAUUUUUUUUUCCUUGUAUUUUUCGUUCUGUUUAAAAUCUUUCAUUGGGAAGUUUUCUUGAUAUAAAGUGUGGCAGUUCUUCCAUGAUUGAAUGUGGGAACUGAGAUUACAUGUAUGAUGUUUGUAGUUAAACAUGUUUGGGUUGUAGUUAAACACCUUUCUUGAUA